GCAUCAACUCUUUAAAGCUCACAUUUUCCCAUUGACUGCAAUUUAUUGACAUAAGAUUAAAUUGGCUGAUGCUUAUCUUUUCCAAUUGAAUGUACUGAGAUAAACAUCAACCCUGUGACACUCAUCUUUUUCCAUUAACUGCAUUGUAUUGAAAAAACAUCAGCUACUGUGACAUUUUAUCUUUUUGCAAAAACGUGCCAGGGUGACAUUUUCAGGCUGAUAAUGGGCUGGGAUGCUAGAUCAAGCUCUAUGAAGUUGUUCAAUUGAAUGCGCACCAGUUUGCAGUGUCUGCUUAAAUAGGCUGAUCUUGUUGCUGCCUCUCGUGGUACUUGGCCCUGCCUAGCGCCAGUCCUCUUGCAAAGUGUAUCCAGUUUUGCGUCCCCCGGCAAUUUGCAUUGCAGUAGGUCAAACUGCACUCAUUAGACAGUCUCCAACUUAAGAGAACUUUCACUGCUCGCGUCUGAUUCUAGUUUGUGUCUUAGUGCUUCUGUCCUGGCUAGGGAGCUCUCAGACGGCAAUAUGAGGCUGACAUUUGGGAUAUUCCCCAAGGAUGGCCUCAGUAUGUCCCUCUCCGGAGUCACCAUGGCUCUCUGUACCCUCACCCUGCUUCUAGUGGCUCUCAGGGGCCGCAAGCGAGAGGGUGCGGGACACCCCAAAGGCACCCUGCCACCGGGGCCGACCCCCUGGCCCCUGGUGGGUAACCUGUUCCAGAUGGGCGACCAGAUCCACCUGUCACUGACGCAGCUCCGGCUGCAGUACGGAGACGUCUUCCAGAUGCGUAUGGGCUCCCUUGUUGUGGUGGUGCUUAGCGGCUAUGCCACCAUUAGGCAGGCGCUGGUUCGGCAGGGUGAGGCUUUCGCUGGACGCCCUGACCUCUUCACCUUCUCUGCCGUGGCCAAUGGCACCAGCAUGACCUUCAGUGAGAAGUAUGGCCCCGCCUGGGUGCUCCACAAGAAGCUCUGCAAGAACGCCCUACGCUCCUUCUCGCAGGCAGAGCCGCGGGGUCCCGACACCACCUGUCUGCUAGAGGAGCACGUGUGCGCUGAGGCAGCUGGGAUGGUGGAGGCCAUUUGGGAGCGAUCAGAGGCGAGCGAGGGGCUAGGUCUGGACCCUGUGGUCCCGCUGGUUAUGUCGGUGGCCAAUGUGGUGUGUGCUCUGUGUUUCGGGAAGAGGUAUGACUACAAUGACAAGGAGUUCCUCACUAUUGUGCACAUCAACAACGAGGUGUUGCGGAUCUUCGCUGCAGGCAACAUGGUCGACUUCUUCCCUGUGUUCCGCUACCUGCCGAGCCCGUCCCUGCGUAAGAUGGUCCAGCACAUCAGGAGAAUGAACAGCUUCAUGGAACACAACAUUGAGGAGCACCUGGAGACCUUUGACAAGGACUGUAUACGUGACAUCACAGAUGCUCUGAUUGCCCUCUGUGAGGAGCGGCAAGAGGAUGAAGACACCACAGUGCUGUCCAACUCCCAGAUCAUACACACUGUCAUCGACAUCUUUGGAGCAGGAUUCGAUACCAUCAUAGCUGGUUUACAGUGGAGCCUCUUAUACCUCAUCAAGUUUCCUGACAUCCAGCUCAAAAUACACCAGGAGAUUGACGACCACAUUGGCCCAUCCAGACUACCUCGGUUUGAAGACAAGCCCAGGAUGCCUUUUACCGAGUCCUUCUUAUACGAGGUGUUCCGUCACACAUCCUAUGUCCCUUUCACCAUACCACACUGCACCACACAAAACAUCACACUCAAUGGAUACUUCAUUCCAAAGGACACCUGUGUCUUCAUCAAUCAGUAUCAGGUUAAUCAUGACAUAGAUCUGUGGGGUGACCCGGAUGUGUUCCGCCCCGAGCGCUUCCUGGGUAAAGAGGGACUGCUCAACAAAGACCUGACAGAGAAGGUCAUGAUCUUCGGGAUGGGUAAAAGACGUUGCCUGGGUGAUGGGUUCGCUCGGUUGGAGAUGUUUGUAUUCCUGACCACACUGCUCCAUCGGCUGUGUAUCGAGAAUGUUCCGGGACAAGAGCUGGACCUCAGUACCGACUUUGGGCUCACCAUGAAGCCCCGCCCCUACAGGAUCAGUGUCUCGUCACGCCUCUAGAUCCGUCCUGUCCGUUAAGCCAUACGGCACCAACUACAAUAAGGCUACAACUGGCUUGACUGGGCAACACCUUGCCCACAUCAUCAUAACGCACAGAAACCAUGGAUACUCAGACACCAAAACAUAUUUACUAUACAGACUGAACACAACAUCUUUACCUGGCAGUGGCGUCAUUACCACUGUAAACACAAACACAGAUCCUAGCUGUGAAGAGUCAAGACAGAGUUAAGCCGGUACAAAGUGUGCAAUAGUAUUAGUAUAGUAUAAGUAGCCAUAACCAGUAUUAUUUUAACUAUUAGGGACAGUAAUUGGUCCUUCCACCUUCAUCAAGUGAAACAUAAUUACAAAUGCCCUUUAUUAAUAUCCUUAUCUGUAGUUAUUAAUUCAACUAAACGCUUAGGGAGGGACAGAGCAAGUGUUGUUUUAUAUAAGUGAUCAGAGACGUGGGCACUAUGCAGCGUUCACUCAGGGUUCAUUACUACUCAACGCACUCUUCCACCCCCCCUCUUCAUCUGUAACUCCAGGGUUUUAAGAGAUCUCUUUCUCACUUUCUCUCUCCUUUCCCCUUCCUACUGUAAGUAGUUGCCAGUGAUACUCUGAGAUCGAGGAGCACCACCUUUAAAAAAAUAUAUAUUAAAAAAAAAUAUUAGACACGGUCUUUGUAUUCUACCAGACUUCUUUCAGAGGUUAAUAUGAAAGAUAAGACACGUCUGUAAAUUCAAAUUUUGAUGCUGUGAUGUUCUAUUUUAUGAGAUAAAACUAUCACUGAAAAGCCAUGACUAUGUGUUUGAAUGAGAAUUGUUUCUUACGUUAUUGUAACUUGAAUGCCAGUAUAUGUUCCCAGAAGAAUUCCACAGAUGUCACAGCAGUGAAGCCAUUUAAGAGACAUGUCUUUAUUCAGACGACAAUACACCCCUUUUUGAAAUCCGAUAUUAAUGAAGCCUGUUAACACGUGUCUUGUGAAAAUUAAAAAUUUUCAUUUGUUAGUCUUUUUUGUCUUAAUUUAGCAUCUGAAAAGUGCGACUGAGAAUAAAAACUGAUGGAAGUUU